AUGGCGUCCUCUGGUGCCCCCUCCCACCCGAACCCUGAGGUUGUCGAGUUCGACGAAUGCCGCGACCUCCGCGACAUCAAUGUAAACAUCGGCCGCUACCCGCAGCUAGCCUGGCUGAAGGCCACGGCCAACCCACGCUUGGAUUGGGGCUCAGGCUUCAACGCCGCCGUAGUGGUCCUGCGCUACAUCCUGACCCAGCUGCCACCCGACGCCCGGAGGGUCAAGGAUGCCGAUGCCGAGAAGCAGAACCCGAUCCUGGCGUACGCCUUUACGCACUUCCCCGAACGCGUCGUCGACAUAGCCCGCCUGCCGUACCUCAGGGCGAUCACCGAGAACCCGGCGGCGAAUCCCGAGGGCCGCUCGUUCCACGACAUCAUGGAGGGCGAGCUCAUGCGGUCCACGUUCUGGACUCGCGACCUCUACCAUCUCUUCCUGCGCCAGCUGCCUAUGGCGCACACGGGCGAGGACGACUUUAUUAUCCGCGAGAGAGACGACCCGCUGGCCAAUGAGGCAGCUCGCAGCCUCGUCGUCUGGGACGGGUCGAUCCCGCUGGGCGAUCACCUCUCUCAGCUGUCCGGCCGGCGCAGGCUCAGGGAUAUGCCUGUCGACUACAUCCGGCUAAUGAGAUUUCCCUUAAUCAUCCGGGUUCUGGUCACCCCAGCCGAGGGAGUCGAAAUCGAAUUCAAAGACAUCCGCUCCGCCGAUGUCCGAGGCCACAUCCCUGCCACCAUCGGCGAGGGCCACCACUCCACUCGCAUUGGAGGCCCGAUCCGGUACGGCCUGCUCGCUGUCGUCCGGCUCCGGGCAGACGCCAACGACGUCGACCUUGUGCGCCUGUAUGACCCGCUCGGCUACAGCGUCAGGUGCCCGUUCCUUUGGGUCCACGCCAACGACAACUGGCGGUUUGGCGUGCCCGGGCACUCCUACAUGAUCUACAUGGCCCCGGAUAGCACAGGCCAACUGCUGGCAGCGGGUGUUCCGGCUAGCCCGCUGGUCCCCGAGACCUUGCGCCUGUCCGCCGCCUACGAGGCCAACAAGGAGAUCUUUGAGCAAUUUGUUGUCCGUCGCAACCCUGAUCACCUCGCUGAGUUUGCCGAGGAUGUUCCUGUCGAUACCAGCCCGAGCCCCAAACGCCGCAAGCGCCUCAGGAGGUCUCCCAGCGAGGACACCGCUCGCCACCGCCGCCGCGACGAUGAUUCUGGGAGCGAGUCCGAUGGCUCCCAGAGCCAGCAAGGCUCUCAUCGCCAUCGUGAUGACUCGAGGAGCGACUCCGACCUCGGUCGGUCUCCGGAUCGCCGAGACUCUCGUCGCCGCCGUAACGAUGAUUCGAGAAGCGACUCCGACCGCCUCCCGGAUCGCCGAGGCUCCCCACGUCGUCGCAAUGACUCGAGGGAUGGCCGCGAUCGUUCCCAGGACCGGCGAGACUCUCGCCGCCGUGACGAUGAUUCAAGGCGUGUCUCCAACCGCACCCUUCGUCAGCGCGAUUCUCGUCCCAGUGGCAAGCCAAGGAGCCAGGGAUCCAGGCGGCAUAAGAGAAAGGAGCAUGACUGCUAUCGGCCACUUGAAAAGUAG